AUGUGUACUAUAGUGGACUCCUUUCAACAAGGUCUUGCUGUAAGGUUCUAUCUAGUUGCAGUGGUGCUAUUUAAUGAAAGGGAUCCAACUGUCAUGAGUGACUGUAGAGUACCAGGUGGUGCAUAUGCUCGUUACCACGCAAACAAUUUCAGACUAGUUACAGAAACCACUUCAUCCUUGAUAGUAAUUCGUGAUGGACCACGACCAGGUCAGUUUGAUUCAGAGACCUAUACUAUGUGUACAACUGAUCGUAGUCUACUCUUCGUUGGUUAUCUAGGCAGACAUUAUUUAAUAUUAGCUAUGGUAUCGACCCAACUCAUUGGGAGAAGUUUUGGUCUGUGGUAUGAUGGUGAUAAUUGCUAUUGCAUGAGAAGGAGCACCUGCCUUAUGGCAAAAUACCCAGCCUUGACAGAUGCCUUCAGUGACUGUUCCAUUGGGCAGUGGUGGAACAUAGUAGGAAUAUGGGGUAGUUGUAUGUUUAACAAAACGGUGAGCUAUUUUAAUGAAAGCCUGAUAAAGAUGCGUUGUGGAAACUAUAUAGUAGAGGAUUGGGAGCAGUGUGACUGUGGCUCCUUCAAGCAGUGUUAUAGCAACAAAUGCUGUGAGUAUGGCUGUAUGUUGGCAGAAGGGGCUACUUGUAAUGAAGGACUAUGCUGUACAAACUGUGCCUACUCUGAACCUGGGACACUCUGCAGACCAAUCCAAAAUACAUGUGAUCUUCCAGAGUACUGUUUUGGAACAACCAAUCAAUGCCCAGAAGAUUUUUAUAUGCAGGAUGGAAUGCCCUGUACUGAAGAAAGCUACUGCUAUCAUGGAAACUGCACUGACCGCACUACGCACUGCAGAGAAAUCUUUGGAAGACACGCUAUUAACGCUCAUGAUGUCUGCUAUACAAUAAAUAGAAAAGCCAAUCGAUGACACUGUAUAAGAAAUGAUAGGGUGUUGAACCAUGCUGCUUGUGGAGAAGCAGACAUAAAAUGUGGAAGGCUGCAGUGUAGCAAUGUCACUCAUGUUCCCCGGUUGCUGGAACAUGUUUCAUUCCAUCAGUCAAAGAUCUCAGGGGUCUGGUGUUGGGGAGUAGGCAGUCACUAUUCCCCAGAAACAACUGAUGUUGGUCAUGUGAGAAGUGGUACCCUCUGUGCUCCUGAGAGGUUCUGUCUCAAUAGCACCUGCAGUGCUCGUAUAGAUGCAAUAACUUAUGACUGUCCCCCUAAGAAAUGCAAUCAUAGAGGAAUUUGCAACAAUAGAAGGAAUUGCCAUUGCCAUGUAGGCUGGGAGCCUCUACUGUGCUUAAAGAGAGGUCCUGGAGGGAGCAUGGACAGCGGACCCAGUUCAAGAAGAAUUCGCUCAGUAAAAACAAGCCAAGCAUCGAUCCUAUAUUGGAAACUGGUCUUUGGUCGCAUUUAUGCCUUCAUAGCUGCGCUCCUCUUUGGUGUGGCCACCCAUGUUAAAAAUGUCAAGACCUCCAGAGUUAAGGAAGUGAUAGUAGGUGAUAAAUAAAUUACAAACCAGCCUCCCGACCCCUGUACAACCAUUGGUAAUGUAGAAGUAAUAUCAACAUAUAUGAUGGAAUCAGUAAUAAGAUGGCAAGGAUGAAUAUCAUGUUCUAGAAGUCUGCAGGAGAUGACAGCAGAUUUCGGUACAUCAGGGGCGGUCGAUGUUCUCACAUCAGGUCUCUUUGAUAGGUUGCUGAUCAGCGCUCCAAAAUAAAUCUUGAAAAACCACUUGUUGGUGCCCUCUAAUAUUUUGUAAACUCUAAGAGAGCAAAUUGAGCCUGAGACUUUGGCCCGGAGAGAGACCUGAGUCAGCAGCUGGGUCUUGACCUGAGUUCACUGGUCCCAGU